AUGGCACAAAACGAAGCCACACAGGCUCUAAUGAAUCACGCGAUGGUCGAAAUCACCAAAGUCCAGCAACUUCAGAUGGCCACCAUCACCACGAAACUCAUGUGCACACAACAACUCUUCCUUAUUCGCCCGUACAUGGCAAUGACAAUUCAUGGAGUAAUACACCUCGUCACAACCGAUCAACGCGCCGUAGACAAGGUUCUUGUCAACAACGGUACAGGUUAUAGUCCCAACACCGGUGUAUUCACCUGCCCGGAAGGCGGAACCUACAUGUUCACGUUUGUCAUUGGCCAGCGAGACGCCAAUCACUACAUGUGGGCGGAGCUUGGUCUUAACAGCGCGAACGUGAUUGACGCAGCAGUCGAUACAUACCACCAAUACCAAGACAUUCAGGGCAGGAACACCGUCAUCUUGAAACUGAAGCAGGGGGACGAGGUGUGGGUGGAUGCAACACAUUCUGGGAGCCACGUCGAGGGCAGUACAACUCUGAGACUUUCCAGUUUCACUGGACUUUAUUUGUAUUCAAAAUAA